AUGGGCAAUUGCCUAUUUGGAGGGAUGGGAGGAGGAGAGGAGAAUGAAGUGGUAAAAGUAGUAAGAUCGGACGGCGGGAUCAUGGAGUUCAGGGGUCCGAUAGUGGUGGAGUGCAUCACAGAUGAGUUUCCAGGCCACGGAAUCUUCCGGAGUCAUGAUCUUUUCUGGAAACCAUUGGCUCACCAUGAAGUCCUUCUAGCAGGAGAAUCAUACUAUCUCCUCCCACUCAACUGCAAAGGUCUAGGUGGUGGUGGUGAAAUUGUCCAAGUUGGCCAUGUAAGGUCUAGCAGUUACAAUGUGCCUCCUCAAUCACUAGUCACUCCUUAUAGAAUGUCAUGCGACGGUCGAAGCGUGUUGAAGAGAUCAUACACAGAGGUGUUCUCCAGACCCUACAAGUACAACAAUGGAGGUAGAGUUUGGAAGGUGAAGCUGGUUAUCAGUCCAGGACAGUUACUGGAGAUACUGUCACAGGAGACUCGAACACAAGAAUUGAUUGAAAGUGUAAGAACUGUUGCGAAAUGCAGAAAUAUUGGGGUUUCGUCUCUGGGAUUUUCGGAAGAGUGGAGUCUUUCCAGCAGCAGCUUGAAUGCUUCCUCCAAGCAAGAUGGUUUAUUGGAGAUUUAG